AUGAUCCUGUUUACAAUCCCUCUCCUGAGCCUCCUCUGGGCUGUGAGCGGGGCCCACACCCUCGCCAGGAGUGAAUGCUUUAUUCCUGCAGAAAAGCAAGCCUUGGUGGAUGACCUCCAAGAUGUCAUGGAGAGUUCCGUGACUCCAUCCUCUUAUCCCAAUCCAAGCAUCCUGAUUGCCAUGAACUUGGUUGGGGCCCAUAAUGCAGAGGCCCAGAAGCUCCUCACUAAUCUCAUCUUGUCCACUGAUCCAAAAGAUCUUACCAUUGGCCAGCUGGCCCUCAGCAUCAUGGCUCUCACCUCAUCCUGCCAAGAUCCUGGAAACAGACUCUCAAUCCUGAAAAAUAAAAUGGAGGAAUGGAAAUCUUUAAGCCCACAAGAUCCACAUACAGUCUUCUAUGGACCUAGCCUGGGACUCUUGGCUUUAUGCCAGAAGAACCAAGAGGACACCUUGAAACUAGCUGUCAGAUUUUCCAAGAUGUUGCUAGCCAAUGUCUCACCUUUCAACAUGGAUACCGGAGCCAUGGCAACCUUGGCCCUGACUUGCGUGAGCAAUAUGGUCUCUGAAGAUCUGGACGAUGAAUACAAUCAGUUAUUUGGUAACGCAUUAACCAGCGUUAUGGAGAAUAUCAGCAGGAGAAUUGAAGACAAUGGCCUCAUUGGGGGAUCCUACAGCACAGGCCUAGCCAUGCAGGCCCUCACUGUGCAAGCUGAAGAGAACUGGAACUGCCAGAAGACCAUGGAAACAGUCCUCAGUGAGAUUGAGCAGAAUAGAUUUAAUAACCCCAUGGCCAUCUCCCAGAUUCUUCCUUCCCUGAAGGGCAAAACUUAUUUAGAUGUGCCCCAUGUUAUUUGCUCUACUGAUCAAGAGGAAAAGAAAACUCUACAGGAACACCCUAGCCCCUUCUUGCCAUCAGCUUCUAAUAUCACCGUGAUUUACACAAUCAAUAACCAGCUGAGGGGGGUGGAACAGACCUUCAAGGAAACGGAGGUCAUCAGUGUGGAAAAGGGAUCGCUCCUCCUUGUUGUUCUAGAAGAAGCCCAGCGCAAAAACUCAAAGUUCAAAUUUGACUCCAAAAUGACAUCCUGGGGGCUUUAUAUCACCGCUAUCAACAACAUUUAUGAAGUAGAAAACCACAGGACCUACUGGCAGUUCCUUAGUGGCAAAACUCCUUUGGACCAAGGGGUCAGCUACUACAUCCCCCAUGACAAAGAACACAUCACAGCCAACUUCACACAGUACUAAGAUGAUGUCCACACUCAAUUUCUCAUCAACUUUCAUGGGGAAGACAGAUUUAUAUUAACUAUGCCUACGUCGCACUUGUAUCUGCCCUACAAAGGUCAGCAAUGAUUACACCGAAAUAAAAGAUGCAUUGAGCAAUUGUUUACAUUCCUAUUUUAUUCCCUUUGGUCUCAGGA